AAGAAAAGCAUAAACUUCUGAUCAGCGCUUAAUUAAGGCCACCAGUAUGAGCAUUGCAAAGGGGUUUGUGGUAAAGGCCCUUGUCUUUGUCCUCCUAGGGAUAACUUUGCUCUUUCUUGAGGCGGAAUGUGCCCGUCGUGGCCUUGGUGAUCUCGCUGAUAUAGCUGAUGGCAAAACCAUUAGGAGCGCCGCCGCCGGCAAAACCCUUGGAAGCGAGGACGGCAACUAUGGCGUUGGCGACUACGGUGGCGACUACGGCAACGGAAAUGGCGGCAACGGAUAUGGUGGCGGUGGAAACAAUGACGACGGCAAAGGUAGUGGCGGAAACGGUGGCAGUGGAAAGGGUGACGACGGCAAAGGCAGUGGUGGAAACAGUGGCAGUGGAAAGGGUAACGACGGCAAAGGAAGUGGCGGAAACGGUGGCAGUGGAAAGGGUAAUGACGGCAAAGGCAGUGGCGGAAACGGUAGCAGUGGAAAUGGUGACGACGGCAAAGGAAAUGGCGGAAACGGCAACGGCGGCAACUUCAGCGGCAGUGGCAGCGGUAGUGGUGGUUCAAGUACUGGUUACAAUGUUAAUUCCUAUGGAGCUAAAGCAGAUGGCCACACUAAUAGUGCACAGGCAUUUAUUAAGGCGUGGGAUGCAGCAUGUAAAUCUGGGGGUGCGGCUAAGGUUGUUAUUCCCUCUGGUUCGUAUGUGUCAGGGCAAGUCGUUUUCGCAGGGCCAUGCCAGAGCUCUACAAUAACUCUUGAAAUUCAAGGAACUGUUAAGGCCACCACAGAUCUCAGUGAUUAUCCAAGUCCUGAGUGGUUUUCUUUCGAAUCAGUCGAUGGUUUGAUAAUCACUGGUUCAGGAACUUUGGAUGGCCAAGGCCCGUCUGUGUGGAAGUACAAUGAUUGUAAAGCAAGCGCCGAUUGUUCGCUUCUCCCUUCUACAAUUGCCUUGGCCAAAAUAAAGAAUGCCGACAUUUCUGGGAUCCAUUCCGUAAACAGCAAAUCGUUCCACAUAAUUAUGUCAUUCAGUUCAAACGUGAAGUUUCAUGGUCUCACUAUAACUGCUCCGGGAGAUAGCCCCAACACAGAUGGCAUCCAUGUCAGCACCUCCAGUCAAGUCGAUAUAUCUGGCAUUACAGUUGGAACCGGUGAUGAUUGCAUUUCCGUUGGACAUGGAACAACCCAACUCACCGUCUCUGAUGUCACCUGUGGCCCUGGACAUGGCAUUAGUAUUGGCAGCCUUGGCAAGUAUAAGAAUGAGGAGGAUGUGAGUGGGGUUACUGUGUCUCAUGUCACCUUGAAAGGCACCACGAACGGUGUGAGGAUCAAAACCUGGGAAGGAUCAGAGCCAAGCAAAGCUUCUGACAUCACUUUUGAAGAUAUUACUAUGAUAGAUGUUGCAAAUCCCAUUAUUAUAGAUCAGAAAUAUGGUUCUCUUUCGGAUUCGCCAUCCAAAGUGGCGAUUAGCGGGGUUCACUACAAGGGCAUCAGUGGAACGACGACGACGAGUCUGGCAGUGUCACUCACAUGCAGCACAUCGGUGCCUUGCCAGAGCAUUUCGAUGGUAGACAUCGAUCUCAAAUACUCGGGGGGUAAUGGCAGCGUUAAAUCCGAAUGCACAAAUGCAGACAUGACGUGCUCAGGGAAACAGAUUCCAUCAGUUUGCGCUAAUUAUAAUUAGUUUCUUCUUGGAUCUUGUUCAUCUUCAACAAUUUAUUUUCUUUCUCUUUAUUAAAAUGUAUAGCCAGAAUACCAAGUAAUUAAGUGCACGCAUUUAGUGUCACGUACAGCAGGGAACUAUAUAUAUAUGGCUGUUGAUCAUCAUGUAAUAGAAGAAGCUUGGGUGGGUGGGAGAUUUGGAAGCUUCUUCGGAGAGACAUCCAUCUUCCUUGCAAAUUUUACACUAUGCCUGCCUUCUAUUAUUGACGAAUAUUACAAGUUGUUAAGUUCCAAGUAUUUUUAGGGUUUCUUAAGAUUAGCUUAUGAGCGCGAAUAAAA